AUGCAAUCUAUUUUGGUUCUUACACUCGUUGUGCUCGCUUUUAGCUGCACAUUGGCUCGCAAGGAGACACUCAAACAACAGUGGAGUUUAUGGAAAAAUGCACAUAAUAAACGUUAUUCUAAUAACGAAGAACAUCUUCGUCGUGCUAUAUGGACAAGUAAUUUGAAGAUAGUUGAAGAACACAAUCUUCAAGCUGAUCUUGGUGUUCAUACAUACUGGCUUGGAAUGAAUAAAUAUGCAGAUUUAACUGUCGAUGAAUUUGUGAAAGUAUUGAAUGGUUUCAAUAGCACGAUGCAGAAAGAACACAGUCAAAAUCGUCAAAAAUUCACAUCAAAUCCAGAUAUUGAGUUACCAGAUACGGUUGACUGGCGUGAUAAAGGUGAUGUUGUUCAUGUCAAAGAUCAAGGUCAAUGUGGAUCAUGUUGGGCUUUCUCAGCAGUUGGCUCAAUCGAGAGUGCAUAUGCUAUUAAAACUGGCAAACUUGUUUCACUCUCUGAACAACAAUUAGUCGACUGUUCCGGUCCAUUCGGCAAUAUGGGAUGCCAAGGUGGUUUGAUGGAUGCAGCUUUCGAAUAUAUCGAAAAAGCUGGUGGUAUUGAAGCUGAAGAUGCAUAUCCAUAUAGGGCUGUUGGUAAAACAUGCGUAUUCAAUACAUCAGACGUUGUUGUUAAAGUCUGUGGGUUCACUGACAUUGCAUCAAAAGAUGAAGCAGCUCUUCAACAAGCCGUUGCAACUAUUGGACCAAUAUCAGUUGCUAUUGAUGCUGGUCAUACGUCAUUUCAGUUAUAUAAAAACGGUGUCUACAAUGAACCUGCUUGCUCACCAACCCAACUUGAUCACGGCGUUCUUGCUAUCGGUUAUGGUACAGAGUCAGGCAAAGAUUAUUGGCUUGUGAAAAACAGUUGGGGUGUAAGUUGGGGCGAUGAAGGUUAUAUCAAAAUGACACGUAACAAAAAUAAUCAAUGCGGAAUUGCUACGAUGUCCAGCUAUCCAAUUAUUUGUUGA